AUGACGAGUAGUUUGCCGGAAGAAGUGGAAUAUAUUCAAAAGUUCCUAAAGAAUUGCUCUCUAAGUGCUGCCUACGAGAGCCAGGACACUAAAUUGGUCAUCUUGAAUAUCAAUGACAACUCAAGAGACACCUGUUUGGUGGGAGAUGAAUGCACAGAGAAUAUGGAUGAAUAUAUAAAAGAUAUGAAUCGACUCUCUGUCGAACCGUAAGUUAGACGACUACAUUAUUGCAGUACUGAUAUCUCUAGCCAUAAGAAUUACACUUUCGUGAAAUACUUUGAACAAGAGCUAAAGGAAGAUGGCUGUCUGCAAUAUUCGAAAGUACUGCUCAUAACAAACGUUCGUUGUCUGCAGUUGAUACAAUAUCCUGACUUCUAUGACCUUAUAAUGGAUCUAGACUCGGAGUUACUUAAACUUAUGAAACAAUACAACUUGCCAUUACAUGUUAUGUGGAUUAAUGUAAGUGAAACACAAAAAGAACACAAAAUCCCCUUUUCAGUUUGAUUAUCUAUCGCCAGUUGACAACCGUGACUGUGAAAUGGGACAUCUCUCCAAACCCAUGGGUACAAUGUUAUCCAUAUCCCACAGUCGGCAGAACGGGACCAUGUUAUACGAUAAUAUUCAAGCUUGUGACAAGUACACAGUAGAAUUGCCUACUCCAAUGAGCCCUUGGUUAAUCGCUGGUUUAGUUCUACUGGGGCUAAUGGUUAUUUUAUGUAUUAUAAGCUGUUUCAUUCUCAGAUACUGUAACUUCCCCGGCAAAAACAAAUUGCUCAACUUGAGGUAACCAAACUUUAUUAUAAUACGCGCAAUCUAACAACGGCACUUUUAGUUUCAUGAUGAGAGAAAAGGACGACACCUACGGAAACGAAUACUAUACUAACUUUGGAUUCAAAAAGUAAGAACAACUAAAACAAGGUCCUAAACGAUGGUUUCAGAGAUAAAUGGGAAAUUCAUCCAGGUCAAUUAAUCUUGAACAAAAGCAAAGUCCUUGGUAAAGGCGGCUUUGCCACAGUGUAUCAGGGAAACUUCUGCAAGGACGGCUCUAUUAAAGGUUCUAAAUCAUCAACUCUACAAGUUUGGAACAAAGAAGAUGAGAAAGUGGCCAUCAAAGAACUCAACGAAGAGGCCGAUGAUAAUUCCCGAGCUGAAUUCCUUAACGAGAUUAACAUCAUGAAAAGGGUGUACGGUCAUCAACAUAUUAUUCAUCUAGUUGGAUGUGUAACUGAUUCCAUCAGUCCAAUAUUAGUACUCGAAUUAUGUGAAUUGGGAGAUCUCUUGAAUAUGCUCAAAGGAACAAAUAACGCGUUGACCCAGAAGGAUUUCUUAUCGAUUGUUUGGCAAAUCGUCGACGGAAUGAGUUAUGUGGCUUCACUUAGUUUGAUUCAUCGAGAUCUGGCGGCCAGAAAUAUAUUACUCUCCAAACCAUUGACUGCUAAGGUAGGUAAAGUUAAGCACAACCAACACAUCACAGAUUGGUGACUUUGGUCUCUGCAUUCAUUCCGAACAGUCAGCUACAGCUUCUUCGACCAGAUUGCCCAUCAAAUGGACUGCCAUCGAAGCUCUGAACGGAAAAUUCUCGGAAAAAUCGGAUAUGUAAGUGAUAAAAAUACCCACUCUAAGACGAUUAGUUCUCAUGGACCUCAUAACUAAUAUUAUAGCUGGUCAUUUGGCGUUCUACUUUAUGAGAUCUAUUCCGAUGGUGCCGAUCCCUACCCUAAUAUCGCGGCGGAAGUCUUAUCGAAUCAACUGGAGAAGGGAGCACGCCCUCAAGUACCAGAGAAGACCCCGGAAAACAUGUAAGCAUAGACUAUAAUUCGAAUAUCAAGUGAUCGUAUCAAUUCAGCAUUCCGAUUAUGACGUCAUGCUGGGAGAACGAUCCUGAGAAUCGUCCAAAAUUCCAAGACAUCCAGAAGAUCCUAACGGCAAUACUCAAUAACUGUCAACAGGCUUAUGGUUACAUUGACUUCGGACAGCACGACGAGGAAGAAGACUAA